AUGCCGGUUACCUGCGGCCCUCGGAGCCUGGCGGGCGCGCUGCUCUUCUCCGCCCUGCUGGCCGCGGCGGGAGCGGAGGGCGGCUGUGCUGAGCUGGGACGCUGCUGCGCGGGCAGGAGCCUGGAGUGCGCGAGCACCGGUUGGCGACCCGACCGAUCCUACGGGCUCUGCUACUGCGACCAGGCUUGCCUUUCCACCUUGGACUGCUGCAGCGACUACCGGCACUUCUGCCCAGAAGCUUCCUGCCUGGUCUCUGGCUGGAGUGAGUGGAGUGGAUGUGCUGAACGCUGCAAGGCGACCUACCGCCUCCGAAGGAGACACGUGAUCCAGAAGCCCAGAAAUGGGGGAGAAGCCUGCCCUCCUCUUGAAGAGAAGGCUGGCUGUUUAGAGUAUUGGACUCAGCAAGGAACAUUGUGCAAGGACUCCAUUCUCCCAGCAUUAAUAACCACUGGAGGCUAUGGGAAGGCAAGGAGAAAGCGUGCUGUGCUCAGCGGGAGACAAAGAAUUGGGUAUUGUGUUGAGUUCCAGCUCACGGCCAUCACAAAAGGCUGCCUGAAUGGGGACAGUUCCUACACUCAUUGGAUGAAGUAUCUCAGUGAAGGACACACAGUGUGUGUGGAAUGUCAACAUCCAGCCCUAGAUCAGAAGAGUCUACACUGCUCUGGGGAUGGGAGCGGAGCCAAGAAGAACCAGCUACUGUACUGGCAGGCUGUGGGGAAUCCAAGAUGUAGAGGAACCUGGAAGAGGGUUCGCCAGCGGGAUACUUGCACUUGUCCUUCGGUUCACAGCUUCUUGUUUAUCUGACUUCC